AUGUCUCCCGCACUUUUUGAGUCUCACCGGAGAACCCCCUCUGGUCAAGACCCCGAACGUCGCAAGUCUGGAAGUGGUUUUCUCUUCCUCAACAACCGCUUCAAGAGUCCGCCAACACCACCCGAGGGUGACGCGCCUGAUGACUCCUUUGCCCAGCAUCGUCACUGGCAGGAUCAAGAUGCAAUGACGGAAGACCCUCAAGGAGGGCGCCGGUCUGCCAGCACAAUCACUACCAACGAAAAUGCCACCUCCAGCCCCCCCACUCCGACUUUCGGCCCCGUCAAGGAUGGAUACUUCAUGAAGCGUUCCGACUCCUCUCAGAGUAUCCCCUCUCUGGUCCAAUCAAACAAUGGUGAUGAGGUGAAGAGACCCAUGACCGCUAUGCCCGGCCGGGAAAAGUCCUUCCUCGGCACCAAGGAGCCCGCCGUCCCCGCCGUUCCCUCUAUCCCUGACGAGAAGGUCAAGCCCACGACCGUCCCCGAAGAGAAAGAGGAAAACACCCCCUCAGCCCCCGCCGAAGCCGAGUCCGCGAAGCCCAAGGCCGUUUCCGUAACCGAGACUGCUAAGACCGCCGAGGACGACGCUGAUGACUCCUCUUCUGAGGAUGAAGAGGAAGACGAGGAGAAGAAUGAGGCCGAGGCAGAGGAGCCGCAGGGUGCCCAGCUCGCAACUCGCGUCGCCAUCCUCCCUCCUCGCCCGGCUACCCCCGAAGCCGACAAGAGAAUCUCCUACCACGAGGACUCCGACCUCCACAUCAAGGUCCGCGACUCAAAUGGCUCCCUCAUCGUAUACUCCGUCCGCUCCGCCGCUCUCGCAUCUGCCUCCCGCGUCUGGAAGGAGCUGCUCGCCAAUAACACCUCCAGCGUUAUCGAGCUCCAGUCUCCCGCCGACACAGCCAGUGGUCUUGAUGUGCUUUUCUCCAUUGCUCACUUCAAGUUCCACGAGCUCCCCACCAUGCCCAACGUCGGCGACCUGUACGACCUGGCCCUCGCUUCCGACAAGUACGCCGCCACGCACCUGCUCGUCCCCUUCAUGAACGACUGGGUCAUCGCCCUGAACCGCCACGUUCUCAUGGCCGGCGCCCGCAACGACGAGGACAAGACUCUCGUCCUCAGCUGGGUCUUUGGCGAGGCCCGCUGGUUCAGUCGCGUGCUGGCCAAGGCAGCUUACAAGUCCCGCGUCGGACCUGACGGAGCCCUCCAGGACUCCAAGGGCCGCCCUUGGAAGGACCAGCCCAUCUCGGACGAGGUCAUCCGCAUGCUUACCGCCACCCGCGCCGAGGCCAUUGACAAAAUCAUCAAGGCUGUCAGCAACCCUGUCCACCGCCUCCUGAAUCCCUCCUGCUACCCCGGCGAGGAGAUUCGCUACUGCCACGCCGGCACCGAGGAUGGCACCGCGGAAGACUGCGAGCAGCUCCUCCUCGGAUCCGCCAUCAUGGGCUUGACCAAGUCGAAGCUGUGGCCCCCUCCCGAGCCCGCCAAGAUCAAGGUCAGCGCCGUCGAUCUCGCAAGGGCCUACGGCGAAGUUCGUAUCCGUCGCUACCAGACUCCCGGUCUGCGCUUCAGAGACAGCUCGGCCGAGGGCGCGCCCGUCGACGACCCUCACGCCAAGUGUGGCUUCGGUCACCGUGAGGUGAUUGAGAAGAUCCUCAACACGCCUGCCAAGAUGGCGUCCAGCGUUGUCGGCCAGUUGAUUACCAGAGCCAAGAAGUCUGGUGCGUUCGGCGAGGAGCUUUUCGCCGACUUGAAGGAGUACGUGCAGGAUGGCGGCGCUGCUGUUGAGGGUGAGGAUCUGAAGAGCGAUCCCCUUCACUACAAGCAGGUUCGCGUUAGAGCCAACGGUGUUGCCGAGAACAAGACCCCGGCUGACGAUGAUGACGAUGAGGACGACGACGAUUCCAGCUCCGAGAGUGACGAGGAGUAG